AAGGAGAGAGAGAACCGACCCAAACAAACCAAAAACUGGCAAAGCAUAUUAUUAAGGAGGCCAGGUACAACAACAGCAGCAUGACUCAUGGUAUUUCGUCUUCUUCACCGUUUCUCUUCCAUCAUCAAUCCACUGUUACGUCUAUAAAAGGAAGGCCAAGGCCAGUUUCAAUUGCGUCUUUGUCUGCUCAUCCGUCAACUCGUUUCGCUCUCGUUUGCUCCUCUUCUUCGUCCUCCUCUCUUUCAGAUAUGGAUAACACUUCAAGUACAAGUCUGUUCCCAUUACACCGAUGUAAAAUUUUGCACCUGGUGAGGCAUGCACAAGGGAUUCACAAUGUAGAAGGAGAAAAGAACCAUAAAGCAUACUUAUCUCCAGAACUUUUUGAUGCACACCUUACCCCUCUUGGUUGGCAGCAGGUUGAUAAUUUACAUAAGCAUGUUCAUGCAUCUGGACUUGUCAAGAGGAUUGAUUUAGUAAUUACAUCUCCUUUGCUAAGGACAAUGCAAACAGCAGUAGGAGUAUUCGGUGGUGGGGGCUAUGUGGAUGGAGUUGAUGCUCCUCCACUUAUGGUGGCAAAUGCUGGAAAUAGUGAUCGUUCUGCUAUUUCAAGUUUGAAUUGCCCUCCUUUUUUAGCAAUGGAGCUUUGUCGAGAACAUCUGGGAGUUCACCCAUGUGAUAAGAGGAGGAGAAUUAGCGAGUAUCAACCUCUUUUUCCUGCAAUUGAUUUUUCACUGAUAGAAAAUGACGAGGAUGUUUUGUGGGAGGCCGAUAUUAGAGAGCCAAAUGAAGAUGUUGCAGCUAGGGGAAUGAAGUUUAUGAACUGGCUGUGGACAAGAAAAGAGAAAGAGAUUGCAGUAGUUACCCAUAGUGGGUUCUUGUAUCAUACUCUAAGUAGAUAUGGAAAUGACUGUCAUCCAUUGGUGAAGAAAGAGAUUUCCAAACAUUUUGCCAACUGUGAGCUGCGUUCAAUGGUGAUUGUUGACAAAAGCAUGAUUGGUUCAGAUUCCCCCACUACCAAUUAUCCAGGAAAGAUCCCUUGUGGGCCUGAUAUUUCUAGUGAAGCUGCAGAUGAGAAUCAUUCAGGAAAUGGAGUACCCAACUCGUCAAAUUAGGCAAUGGGCUAAUUGGAAUCUUGAGUUCAUGCCCCUGAAAUUUCUUUCUAGAGAAGUGGCUUAUUGAGGCGCCCAAUUCAUUUACUAUACAUAUCCUCUUGUGGUUAGCUAAGCAAUUCCGAGAUUCUUUUACUAGAGAAAAAAAAUUCGAGUUGUGUUGGUUAAGGUGAAAGAGGUAUGUAGGCAAUAAUUCAUUUUUAGGGUGAAAACAAUCAAGACACAUUUGACAUUCCCCCACCAUCAUGUAUGCUUUUUAUAUGAUGGCACUGCAGAAAAUACAUGUCUCGUGUAUGGAUUAUUCCAUCUUUUCUCUACAAGUAUCAAAACACGUUAUUGUCAUGGGAAUACCUGAAGCCUCGUUUUUUUCUUAAUCUGUCAUGGUUUUCGACUUUUCGGAC